AUGGCUACAGUCAGUGCAUUCCUCUCUGAUGAACUCAAGUACCAAUGCUGCCUUCGCCGGCCGUCCCGGAAAUAUUCAUGGAAGGGGAGGCAGGCGUCGACCAUCGAGGAGGACCAUAGGCCAUUUUUCAACUUGUACUUCUGGCGUCAACGUAUACCCAGGACUCUAUACUGGGGCCAGCAAUUCGUUCGGAUACAUUCUCAACUGCGCACUCCACCACAACGGCCAGAGACCCAUCCGCAUAUGUUGCCUGGAUUGACCAUGUGCGGCUCCAUCGUCGAGCUUCUCGGUAACUCCAAGUUCUGUGCCAUCACAUCGAUGCACGCAUUCAGACAAUUUGAGCCAAUGAAGUUUCUUCAUAGCGGGGAGAUGUCGGACUACCGGUCAGUAGAGAGUUCUAGCGCGGGUACUUCCGCGGACGAGGCUGCGGAGCUUCCUGUCUGCGACGAGGAGUCUCUCUAUGGCUCUGAUACCGAUCCUUCCGAUGCAGUGCUUGAAGAUGGCUACUAUUUCAUCGACGAUGUCGACCGCUCAACCGGUACGAAGGGCUCCUAUGGCGGAAAGAUCAGCGGUCAAACAAGGGACGCCAAAGAGAUGCUCGCAUUAUUCCCUAUGCCUCACGAUCAAAAUCCUCCCUGCAAUACGCUGUAUGUGGGUAACUUGCCCAUCGACACGUCCGAGGAAGAACUGAAGGCCAUGUUUUCCAAGCAGAGAGGCUACAUGCGUCUCUGCUUGCGCACUAAGCAGAAUGGCCCCCAGAAUAACACUGGUUCCAUGGGCAGCGUUAACGUGAUGGUUUGCUCCGGCCAUGGCUUCACCACUACAAACGGCCCACCGCCCGGUCUCAGCGCUCCCCCAGGGCUUGGUCUCGGCGAGAUGCCUUACGACACAAAUUCGAAUGGCGAUCCGUAUCUAACACCAAGAUUCGCCAACGAUACGAGCGGUGACUGGGGCUUCCACGGGGCUCUAGCGACUGGCGGCCCCAACUAG